AUGGCCUACCCAAACUUUCACGAGGUCGAUGAGGAACUCCAACAUUCUGAAAUCUUCUGGGAGCCCGCUUUCUAUGAUACAGAUGGAUCUCCGGUGUAUGAGACUGCAUAUGGAUUCCUUCAAAAUGAGAUUGUUGCACGAAACGACGCUGCAGCUCUACGACUCUAUCAGGAAGGCCCUGACACGCUGGUUUUCUGGGGAGGUUACGAGACGCCGAACGGAGAUCCCUUCAUUGUUGCUCAGCAGAAAGGUAGCUUUGAUGCGCUUCGUGUGUUGGUGAAGAUCUACUUGGAAGAUCCGAGAUACACCGAGCCACUUGACCAGUACUUGAAGCAGCUUGGCUUUACUCCGAUAGCUUUCGCCUGUGUAACUGCACAGAAGGAGCUCACGCUAUGGUUGAUAAACCAUGCUUUCCCGACGAUAACAUUGAAUGAUCCGGACAUGUUUGGGAAAACUCCGCUGUUUAGUGCUGCAAGCGGGUUGGGGUGUGGUAAUAAAAACCCGCCUAAAAAUCUGAACAUGCAUGAAGACUUUAUCUUUUUUCUUCUAGAUCAGGGCUGCUUGGUUCAAGAUUCAAAUAUCUACUCCAAACAGGGCGAGGCAAACAAUCAAGGUUUGGGUCCAGUGCUAGAACAAACCGUUCUCGGCGCCGCUAUUCCCUAUGCUAGCUAUAAUAUGGUAUCUCGUCUUAUUGCCGGAGGUGCCCAAGUUCAUGCUCGGCAGCACUGGGAUGAGUACCCGCUGGGUGACCCUUAUCGCAUUAUAAAUGGCAAAGGGGUCACGGCUUUACAUAUCGCAAGCUUGUAUUCGAACCUAGAGGGGAUUCGGGCUCUCACGGAUCACCGCUGCAACGCAAGUGUCUCAGAGAUGGUGUCUAGUGCGGAUGACCAUGGGCGAAUUCCAUUGCACUGGGCAUUACUUGGUAUCACUAUUAAGGGCCGUUCAUAUUAUCCCCAGUAUGACGAUUAUGUGCCGCAACCUCGCAGGAUGGAUACCAUCAAAUUACUCCUCGAAGCCAAGCCUGACACCAUCAACGCCCGAGACAAAGACGGUGCGACAGCCUUCAAUUUUUUGUUUAGAUCCGAUACGUCGUUAUCGGAUAUUUUGUCCACGUUGAAACUGCUUCUGGAUGCCAACCCGCUUCGGUCUACUCUGAGUGCCCCUAACCCUUUAGGCGCGACAGCCCUGGAGGAUGCAAUUCUACAUCACUCUCGACGAGGUGGUGAGGUAACAGAUGCACUUUUCAUAGAGCUAGUGGAGCUCUUGCUUGAUAAGGGAGUCGAUGCUCAUCUAUGUCUACACCGAUUGUGUGAUUUCGGUGGGUAUGACUGUAUAAGCCUCAAUCUUAUAAACCGUCUCCUCGAUCUCAGUGAUGUUAACGACAUAGAUGCCACCGGAUCUACAGCGAUGCACUAUCUAGUUCCACACAUGAACCAGAUUGACGUUGUGCGCCAUCUGAUCAGCCGGGGAGCGAAUGUUAACGUGGUCAACAACAAAGGGAAUACUCCACUCCAUACGGUGAUGAAUGGUACAAUGUCGAGAAGAACGGAUGAAGAUGGAAAGCCUGAUCUAUCGCUACCCUGGUAUACUCCUUACCAAGUACGUGAGGAGCUGGUGAAGAUCAUGGUAGACGCUGGAGGUUCGAUGGAUCAAUUGAAUGAGGCAUGGAAAACCCCAGCCCAGCUGCUUGAUGAGAAAAGAGAGGCAAGACGGAAAGAAGAAAUAAGACGAGAAGCAGGAGCUGGACGAGGCGGUCGGUAA